AGUUGCACCUCUCCUUCUUGCAUUUUCAUAGCUAGCAUAUAUCUUUUCGACUCCGAUUCUCCCCAUUCAGUCGUUGCUUUUCCUUCUGUUACUUGUUUGUACUUGCAUAUAUAUACAUCGUCCAUGGCUCUCACAAGGGAGAGGACGAUAAAAGAAUUGCAAUACGAUUCGAUAUACGCUCCUUCUCUCGAUCUUUUCGGAUUUAAAAGUCACUACUCUUCGUUUCUUGAGGAGGGAGAAGUCUCGGAGUCUCUCUCGAGCUACUCCGCGGGCCUUCCCCCUAUCCUUUCUGACCCGAGCAACUCUCCUGCCCCUAGUUUCGUGUUCGGGAUGGGGAAUUCUCCACUUCAAGAAGCUCACCUGAGUACAAGCUUCAAGGUCGGUUCGGCUUCAGAUCACUGGGGUUACUGCUCGAGCUCUUCGGUUCUGAGCUUCGAGCAAGGCGGUCGGUUGCCUCAUGAUAGCUAUUUGAACCUCGAUCAAGAAGAGGAGUGCGCGUUAUGGAUCGAUGCGGCGGAUCAGAAUUAUAGUAUAAAUCAAUCUCAUGAUCAAAGUUUCGACAUUAGUGGCGUGAAUGAUAGCCAACAACAAGGAGAGGAGAGGUUUGGAUUGCUCUACUCGAGUUCGAGCUCCGCGGAUGGUGUUCAAGAGAGUGCUAAUGUACACAAUAAAGUCCCCCAAAAGCGGUCGUAUGUGGGUGGUGAUGUGCAAGUAAGCACUUCUAAGAAGCAGUGUGGAGCAAAUAAGAAGAGCAAGGCCAAACCUAGUCCAUCCAAGGAUCCUCAAAGUAUUGCAGCAAAGAAUCGGAGGGAACGGAUCAGCGAGAGGUUAAAGAUUCUGCAAGAUCUCGUGCCGAAUGGCACCAAGGUUGAUUUGGUUACCAUGCUAGAGAAAGCUAUUAGCUAUGUGAAGUUUCUCCAAUUGCAAGUAAAGGUGUUAGCAACUGAUGAGUUUUGGCCUACACAAGGAGGGAAAGCACCUGAUCUCUCUCAAGUUAAGGACGCAAUCGACGCGAUCUUGUCAUCUCAAAGAGAUAGGGACUCUAAUCCAAGGCAAUAAGUUUUAUUUUUUUGGAGGAGUAAGGCGAAGAAUAAAAAUGUAUCAAAGAAUAAAAAGAAUAGGAAUUAAUUUGACUCUUAAUUACGCGAUUCAAAAGGGAGGAGAUAAGCUUCUUUUUCUUUGUUA